GACAACUUCAAGGAAAAAAAAUUAAAUGCAAGUAUAAACCGUAUAAACGGUUUCUAGUAUAUUAUAUACAACCGUUAUUUCUAUAUACGCGCAUUUAUCUGUGCCUUCCUUUAAUUAAAAAGUGUGAAUUCCGUUAUCAUUUCAAUUUGUAACAUAGUUUUAUUGAGAACUGUGUAACCCAACUAUGACUUACGCAAGAAUUAGAAAUAUUUUACAGGAGAUCACCGACCGCAUCGAAACGUUACAUUUGCCAUACGAGGAAGAAUUUAGAACACAAUUGAAGUAUUUGGAAAAUCACGAAAGGCACAUAAUACGUGAUUUCUUCCUAGCACAGGAAUGGAACUUGGGUAGUACCAAAGUGUUAGCUGCACUGAGAGCUACAGGAAUACUCAUAACAUCAGAGUAUAUAUUAAGGUUACAUUCUAAAGAAUUGAUUCAAAGGGUGAUGAACGACUUGCUUGAAGCCGAACAUACCCUACUUGCCGAACUGAUCAGCUAUUCAUAUCUGGGAACAGACAUUUCUGUAGAACUUUCUCAAAUUGUAAACGAAACAAUAAGUCUGGCUCUAGAUGAUUUGAUCGAAAAUCCAGACAUAGUUUCGUGCAACUAUUUGCAACACGUUAGACAGUUUCUUGAAAGUGACGAAAUCUACAAACUUCGGCAGCAACAUUUAACAUUGUUACUCCAGAAGGGCCCAAACAAUGAUCUGGAGCGAAGCAUACCUUUGCAGACGGAGUGGCGCCAACAAGGAAAAGAACUAGAUUCAAGCAUCUUUUGUCAAAUUUUGAAAGAGGUAAUCAAGGAUAAAGAUCAAACGCUCGAAACGAUGUUUAGUUUCUGUAAGAAAAGGGAUAACGUUUCAUGGAGAUUUUUUCUACAAAUUUUACGUCUAGUGUCAAUCAAUAUUGGUAAUGAUAAAGUAGAGAUUCUACGCAUCAAGGGUUUUCUAAAGGAACUGUUCGGAGAAAUGGUUGAUACGAUGAAUUUUGAUCUCUUUCUACUGCUGAUAGCAAUUGUUAGGGAAAUUAGUUCGGCCAACGAAAGUGUAGUUGGGAAAUAUUCCAGCUGGUACAAGACUACAUUGGGCGAAAUGAGCUAUCGUUUCAGCAAAGAACAGUUUGUCGGUGUGCUUGGCAUGAUGACACGAUUGGUGCCACUUGAAACGGAUUCGGAAAUGCUGACAGUGCACAUUAAUAUAUCAAUAUCAGCACCACCUAAAUGUAUGGAAUUGGUGGUAACUUACAAGCAAAUGUGUCGAGCUCAUUUGACUAAACUUAACUUAGAUAUGAGCAAGGACAAUCAAGACAUGGACGUAUCAAUUGUCAUUGAUGAUUAAACAAAUAAACUUUUGUACAAACAACAGUAUAAUGGAUGUAGUCGAAGAACUAAGUCUAAUUUUGUAGGUCAUCAAAAUGUUUGAAACAGUUAGGUAAUUUUGAAAUUUUAUUUCUUUCAUAAUAUUUAAAGUUUUACUUUCAACAUGAAUGAUUGAAGUAAUAGGUUAAGCCCUGCACCGUUGGAAUUUCCCACCAGGUUUUCAAAGUCGCUUUUCAGUUCGUCCUUGGAAGUUAUGGAGCAGUCCUACGCCCACUUCCUGCUAGAGGCUUCUCCCGUUCGUCCCAAAUCGUAACCCCAUCACAGGCGCAUAUUUUCUUGUAGUUUUCAAAUAUACUCGCCGAUCGAGCUAUGAUACCACAUGCUAAUCGCCGAUCACUGUCAGCUUCAGCAAUGACCACCGCCCUACCGAUUAUGUCUGGUAUCGAAAGCUUAUCACGAACAUACCGAAUUGUGGCACGUCCUGUGUCAUCAGAAUCGAUCUCUCUAGAAUCGUAGACAUCACCGACAGAGGCACAUCCGUCAGAAAUAUCUCCACAUUCGUGAAUGUUCACUUUGUACCUUCUGUUGGAAUCUAGACCAUCGAUUGCUCCGUCUACCACGGCUCCGAUACUAUUAGUUGCUUGAUUUCCUCCCGUAGCACAGAAACGAACCACACCUUUUACGUUGGUUUUUUCGUUUCCAUGAUUUACUAUUGAGACAGCAGAUUGUCCUGGUAGUCGGACAAAUUUGUUCAAGAUCAUGUCUUUUAAAUUCAUAUUAUACUUUUCAAAUCACUAAAACGUGAAAUUUUCAAAAAGAAAAAACAUCGCAUAGAAUUGAAACUUACCUCCGAAACCGGACAGGACCGCCCGGCGACCAGUUGCUUCUAUUUUAUUUUGUAUUUCUAUCCACGGAACGGUUGUCGUCACCAGAACACUACCUUUGUCCAUAUCAAUGUCGAUCUCGCCAACAUCGGCCAAUGCUGAUCUGAUAUCGCUAGCACACUUGGGGUUGGAAAUUUGUACCGCAAAUUCGAUCUGAAUUAAAACAAAAUUUUGAUGCAUUAAUUUAUUGGAUCGAACGUGGUGGCACCUACCUUUAUUUCAUCCGUCAUUUUACCAGUUUUAACAAAUACAGAUUUAAUCAAGUCUAGCAGCAUCUAACCGAACUAAAGUAGACUAAAUUUUGUUUUAAAAAUACGAGAAAGCCGGAAAAAUGUUUUGGUUCAA